AUGGUGCGUGUGGUGAUGGGAAUGGCGGGCAUGUUCACCUUUCUACGGCGUUUCUCCUCUCGUUUGCCUACAAAAAUUCGUCUUUUUACGUCAAAAGAAGCCUCAAUGAUUAUUUUUCGAAUCGCGCUCAUUCUGUCAGCGACUCUUUUCGGGAUGGCUAUUUAUCAAAGAACGAUCAAUAUGUGGGCAAUGAAAAAUAUCGGUGACACUUUCCUCCGAAAAGAGAUCGGUUCUCGGCAAAUUUUGUUGGGAACAUUCUUUCGUGAGAAAAGCGAGCAAAAUUUCGAUGGGAAAUUCGUGAUCGUUCAUUUUCUGGGUGAUACAAGAAUGGAACAUCCGCUUUACUGUCACACAAUGAUGGCCAAUGGGAAAACGAUGACCACAAGAGCACAUGUGCAGAGGAUUCAUCGAGGUAAACGAGCAGCUAACGACAUUUGCUCGUGGGCUGGGCACUUGGCCGAGUGUGAAGUCGAGGUUCAUACACAUCGUGAGCUCAGGAUAGGCACCACGGCAGACCCACUGGAAUCCCUAUUGAUCCACCCGGAGAUCCCUAAACACAUAAGGCCUAAAGCGGAUCUUGUCGUAUGCAUGGCUCCAAUGUAUAUUUAUAUUGAGUGGGAGAUUCUUUUACUUGGACUCGAAACUUGGCUUUCAAUGGGAGCACAAAAAAUCAUUGUCCCAGUACAGUCUGCUUCAACAACUGCUUAUUCAAUUUUGAAAAAAUAUCAAGAAAAAGGUUACGUGGAGAUUCGAGAAUGGCCAAAGUGGCCAACUCUUUCUGAUGUGAAUCCGAACGGUUUGGUACUUUCUCGUGGAAUCGAGGAGUCGCAUGUGAAUUGCCUCUUACACACAAAGCCUUGGGCCGAUCUGGUUGUGUUCACUGACAUUGACGACUUUUAUCUCCCAGCUGAUCCCUCAAAUGUGAUCAUUGGUGGCACACCUGCGCUCUUCAAGGAAAUCUUCGACGAGCAUCCACAAGCCGGAUCACUUCUUUUGAACAUCGAGAUUCAAUUUAACUUCAAUUUUCUUCAAAAUACAAAAUUCAAACAAAACUGUCAGGUCUGGAGAAUGAAGACACGGGUUGUUGUGAAUGCUAGUAGAGUUGAUAGUGUGAACAUGCACGAAACGGGAAUUCAUCGUUUUGGCUAUGUGCAAGUGCGAGUUCCGUGUAGAAAAGGUCACUUCUAUCACUUCCGACACAGUCACGGCACUGUGCCCAGCCCAACCGAGAUCGACAUGACCACCCUGCAGUCAAUCUUGAAUCGAUCCUGGAAAAAGCGACUUUUCUCCUCAUUAAACACAAUCGCUGCCUCUCAGUUGCCUCCAUCUUCCAUUGAGUCCUUUGAAGACUUCGACAAGUGCAUGGGUGCGAUCAACGCCGAGCACUGGACAAUGAAAGUUUCUCGAUGUCUAACUCCACAUGUUUGCUUUAGCAGACUAAAACGAGAUGUGCCGUGUGUGGCAGCUCGAGCCGAUUACGCUUUCCAUUUCUCAGCCAUCUCAUCAUCAUACAUCAUGACGCCAAAAGUUUGUUGUUUG